AAGUCCAGUAAUUUUAUCCGGAUUGGUGUGAUUAACAAUCCCAGUGAAGACCCAGCAACUGAAACCACAAUUAUUGCCAGGGCCAUAUGGGCAGCCUUGCAGACACAGACAUCAAACAACGCCAAAAAUUUUAUCACAAAAUUACUUAAAGAGGAGAAUGCAAAGAUGCUGGAGGCUGGAACAGAUAUCACAGAAUUUGCUGUUGGAGGUAUGGAAAUCAAUACAUUUAAAGCAGCUCUUGAUGCUCCUGAAGUGGAUUUUAUCCUUUCACAUGCUGUGUACUGCAGGGAUGUUCUUAAACUGAAGAAAGGCCAGAGAGCGGUGAUUAGCAACGGAAGGAUUAUUGGUCCAUUGGAAGCUGGGGAGCUUUUUAACCAGGAUGACUUCCACUUGCUAGAAAAUAUUAUUUUAAAGACAUCUGGUCAGAAAAUAAAAUCUCACGUACAACAGUUAGGAGUGGAAGAAGAUCUUGCAAGUGACCUUGUCAUGAAGGUGGAUGCUCUUCUGUCUGCACAACCAAAGGGAGAGGCCAGGAUUGAAUAUCAAUUCUUUGAGGAUAGAUACAGUGCAAUUAAGUUGAGACCAAAAGAGGGAGAAAUAUAUUUUGAUGUUGUGGCUAUUGUUGAUCCUGCCACUAGAGAGGCACAAAGACUUGCUCCACUGCUUAUG